GGGGUUGAAAACCAAGAAUGGCAGCGUCCUCCACAGAUUCCGGCCAGGGGUCCACCAAGAUAACUCCAGAAGUGUUGCAGGAGAUGCUUCAUCUGUACAACCUGAGCCGCCAGGAGUUUAUCAACACUUACAACAUCCAGCCGCUCGUCUACAUCCCCGAGUUACCCUACAGCGCCAAGACCAGCUUUGUGAUCAUGUACAUGCUUAUCUUCCUGCUAGCUCUGGCUGGGAAUAGUUUGGUGAUCUACAUAGUUUUGAAGAAGCGUGCGAACCAGACUGCGACGGAUAUUUUCAUUUGCUCUCUGGCCGUCAGCGACCUGCUCAUCACUUUCUUCUGCAUACCUUUCACUUUGCUGCAGAACAUCUCCUCUGAAUGGUUUGGAGGUGUUCUGGUUUGCAAGACAGUUCCCUUUGUACAGACUACGGCCAUAGUGACAGGCAUCCUCACUAUGACCUGUAUCGCCAUUGAGAGAUACCAGGGCAUUGUCUUUCCGCUGAAAAUGAGGAGGCAGUACUCAUCAAAAAGAGCAUACAAGAUGCUAGGACUCGUAUGGCUCGCCUCCGUAAUUGUGGGUUCACCGAUGCUGUUUGUGCAACAGCUAGAGGUGAAGUACGACUUCCUGUACGAUCACUACCACGUGUGCUGUCAGGAGAGUUGGCGCUCUCACACACACAGACAGGUGUACACCACCUUCAUCAUGGUAGCGCUGUUCCUGCUCCCGUUGGCGGCCAUGCUUUUCCUCUACACACGUAUUGGCAUCGAAUUGUGGAUCCGCAAGAGGGUGGGCGAUUCCUCAGUCCUCAACACCAUGAACCACAGGGAGAUAAUAAAGAUCUCAAGGAAAAAGAAACGAGCUGUAAAAAUGAUGAUCACCAUCGUUCUGCUUUUCACCAUUUGCUGGGCACCAUUCCACACCGUCCACAUGCUGUUUGAAUACAAUGACUUAGAGAACAAAUAUGAUGGAGUUACAGUAAGUAUGACACUCGCCAUCGUUCAGGCCAUCGGGUUCUUCAACAGCUUCAACAAUCCCAUCGUGUACGCCUUCAUGAACGAGAACUUUAAGAAGAGCUGCGUCUCCACCCUCUCCCACUGCAUCAGGAAGCCUAACCAGCAGAGCGUAGUGGUGGCGCCCCAACUAAGUGUGCAGUUCAUCCAACCUCAGAGCAGAGAAGCCUUCAUGGGUUCGGAUGAAGGCGAUAGCUCGAAGCAGAACUCAGCAGAGAAAGGACCUUCAAGUUCAUCUCAUGGAGAGAGCUUGCUGGAAAUAAUUGGGGAAAAAAUCUCCACCAUCCAAACAGAGCUCCCGGCAAACAGCUCCUCUCAAGUGAAAUGAGCUCAAAGUUCUGGUGAUCGACCGUUGAACUUCACCAUCCUGAAUGCUGUAGAUCAACCAGCUAAGUCAGAUGUGGUUUCAUACCUCACAGUUUUGGUUCAAAGACCAAAAAAGCCCUAUAGCUUGGGAAAGGUGCCAGAGGGAAGAGCGUAUUAUUUUUGUUUUGGUGGAGAAGCGGGAAGGAAUACCAAGGACAGAACUUUUCCGAUAAAGAGGACUGCCCUUGGAGCCAUCCGUACCAUUGAAACUAAAUGGAGAUUAAUGUCUAAAGUCUGCAGGACAUUCAUCGUCUCUUACUGAAACUUCUUCAACGAUAUAUCGGAGGGAACCGCAAUGUUAUCCCAUGUGAUUUUACACAGGAAACUGUUGAGAAAAAGGCAAAUAACGCACAGUGACUUUACAGAGGCAUAUGCCUUUUAGCCACGCAUGAUGAUUACUUACCUUUUCAUCGCUAAAUUUGUCAGCAAUUUGGUUAAAAUCAGGUUAUAUUUCAGGCUGUUACUGUAAGUUUCUUGAAGAUUUGUAUUGCUUUCAAAAUCAGUUGGCACAUAUCGUUCAGUUGAACAAUUUAUAAAUUCAUGUAAUGUAAUGCAGUCUUACAAUGAGCAGCUGGGAUCAAUAGACAGCCCUGCAAACAAAGAACAGUGUUCUUUAAAAUGUGCCCCUUAAUCACCACAGAGGACUUAGACUCAGCCAUAACGUUUUAUAGUUUAUUAUAAAAAACAGAUAUAUUUAUAUGUGCAUCGAAAUUCCAAAGUGCAAUCUUUUGAUGUUAGAUAUGACAUGUAUUUCAUUUGAUCAGAUUUUCCUUCUAUCACUUUAUACAACCUUUUUGAACACAUUCAAACAAAGAGCAUAAAUAAUAUGCCCUGAAACGAUUGCGGCAUUACACAGACAAGGGACAACAUUAGAUUUUCUUUGUUUGCUUAAUGGUGCUGUGGAAUAUUUUUGUAAUGUUGAUAUAUAAAUGUAACUUAAGUGAAUUUUAUCACUUUGGUGUAUCUUUAAAGUUUGCUACACGUCCUGUGAUGAUUUGUCUGGUAACAACAGCUUGGCUUUUAGCUUCUAUACAGGGCUCUAUGCAGAUCGCUUUAUUAAAGUUUAGCAAAAUUCAGUUAUUUCUUUGUUUUUAAAUGCAGAUCUCUAGAUUACAAUGCCAGUAGCUGUAGUUCUCAGCUUGUUUCACCCAAGUAUUGUGUCCCUGUCAUUUUAUACAAAGUGUGCUCUGUCUGUUAUGCAAGAAGUUCAGCUAUAAGAUGAAUUAUUCUAUCUUGUUUCUUUCUUUGCAUUAUAAAUAAAAAUGGGGUAUUUAUUGUAUAUAAAGGACCGUGUGAAUGUUACUUAACUAGGGAGGUGGGUGACCCUAAUGUAUCACUUUGUAUUAAAGCAAGGUAUUCCCCAUCGUAUUUCGUAUUUUAUUUGGUCCGUCUGCUUGACCUAGAAAAUGUAUCUGACCUGCUGAGUAUGUGCGUGUAGUGACCCUUACUGUAGCAGGUACUACUAGUACAGUACAAUACUUUGCCAGGUGUUUAUAGGUGUACAAAAUAUGUGGGCAGAUAUUGUACACCUUGAUAGAAUCGCAAAUGUGCUAGCUUGAAGUUGAAGUAAAUUUC